UGUUUUGCCAGCACCUGGCAACCUUUCUGCAGAGGUUAUUGGUUGAUCUAGAGUGUUCUCUAGCAUAUAAGGUGUCUUAUAGAAAUGCAACACAAGCCGGGCCGAAUAGGUGCCCAGGUGGAAGAAGUCGGCGUUCGUAAACGUGUAAAUGAAAACCUGUGAUGUCCCUGGAGCGUUGAGCGACCGCGAAGGAUACGCAACUGCAACUGCAGAAGAGGCCUAUGCUAGCCAGUGGAUUUAAAUUUGACAUGGUCAUAACCUUGGAAUAGUUUGUCAAGGUGGUGAUUCUCUUGCGGUAUUCUCAUCAACCAUGUACGCACAAGGAGAACUUCCCGGCCCUCCAGGCUCCAUCCCUAUGGUCCCGGCUUACAACACCGAUCCAUACGGCAACGCUUUCUCAAACGGACAUGUUCCUCUGCCACCAGGUUUUGUGCCCCCACAGGUACCUCAGAUGAUGGCAGGGUAUGUGCCACCUCAGAUACCCACCAUAAUGCCUGCCCCUCAGAGACCGCCAGGAUGCCCACCUGGACUGGAGUACUUGACCCAGGUUGACCAACUCCUUGUCCACCAGAAGGUGGAGCUAAUCGAAGCUUUUUUGGGUUGGGAGACCAACAACCAGUAUGUCGUGAAAAACAGCCUGGGACAGCAGGUGUGGCUCGCCGCAGAAGAAAGCGACUUUUGCACCAGGAUGGUCUGCGGUUCCGUACGCUCGUUCGUCAUGCGCCUCCGGGACAACGUGGGGCGGGAAACGAUCACGAUCGCACGGCCUUUAAAUUGCAGCAGCUGCUGUUUUCCCUGCUGCCUACAGGAACUGGAGGUUCAGGCUCCUCCCGGCACUGCGAUUGGAUACGUGACUCAGGACUGGCACCCGUAUCUCCCCAAGUUCACUAUCAGGGAUGUGACGAGGAGAGCGAUGCUGAGGAUCGUCGGGCCUUUCUGCCAUUGGAACUGCUGCUCCGAUGUCAUUUUUAAGAUCACGUCCCUGGACGAGGCUUCAGUAAUCGGUACGAUAAGCAAGCAGUGGGCAGGAUUGGACAUGGAAAUGUUUACGGACGCAGAUCAUUUCGGAGUGCGGUUUCCCAUGGACCUGGAUGUUAAAAUCAAAGCUGUGGUGUUGGCUGCUUGUUUCCUCAUUGAUUUCAUGUUUUUUGAGCAUUUGCCCAAACAACACUGACAUCGUUCAUCUUAACAAGAAGAAAAGUCCCAGAGCUCCUGGAUAUGUCAGUGAAGCAAACUCCUAAACACGGGCGUUUAAACAUGAAGGAACAUGAAGAGGAACCUGAAACUUUUUCAUUGGUGUGUGGUGUUGCCUUCUUGUACACUUGCGCACCGAAUCCAUCUAUGAAACAGCAGAUAUUUCACUCCCUGUCAUUGUGUGUAUUUCGUCUGGUAUUGUUCUCCGAAUGUCCUUUUGGUUCAACAGACGUCCAUGACUUCAUAGCCACUGAUUGCAUUACGAGUCCAUUUGGCUUUGAUUGAAUUUGAACGUUAUCAUGUUCCUGCUCGUCUAGCCAUGUGCUCAUCCCUGAACCUCCACAUAGUGGAGAAGUGCAUUCUUUUUUGUGAAUCGUCACAUUUCCUGGCACAUUGGGGCACCAUUUAUGACACGGAUUUAUGUGUUUCACCCAACCUUAUAUUCAUGUAACUUAUCUUUGUUUGUUGUUUAGGAUAAUAAAUGCUGGAUUUAUAA